AUGCCGUUAAUAUCUUCACCAAUUGAAUAUCCUCAAAGUUCCUCACCACCUCCAUUGAAAAGGCCACAUCCAGUCAAAGCCUCGGACCUCAGAAAGCCACUCAAAGUUGGAGGGUUUCUGCUAGAUGAUGGCUCAGAUAUUGAGGAGGACUUUGAACAACCUGCGGCUAAGCGACGGAUGAUCGAGAAAGCAAUAGAUCCAGUUGUGAUACCAGAAGAAAAUUCACACAAAGACUUCACAAGCGAAUCUGAAAUACCACAAUUGAGUACUAGACCACGCCAGACUGUUGGUGGAUUCAUGAUAUAUGAUGAUGACGAAGAGGACGAGGAAGAUUCAGGACUGGAGAUUUUGCGAGAGACUCAAUUGCUAAAACUUACCUAUGGACCCACAACGAAUUCCAAUGAGGGUAACAGUCAUACUUCAACAUUCCCAGCCUUUUUGAAUAACAUAACGACAAAAGCUGCGGAUAUACAGACAUGUUCGGGGAAAUCCUUUUCGAUAAAUCUAAAAAAGAAAAGUGCACCUAUAUCAUUUGAGAAAUUGGUUGCAGCAAGAUCUGUCACGAAGACCGGACGAGCGAAGAAGAGUUAUUAUGGGAUAAAUAUACAUGAGUUGGUCGAGGAAGCUUCGAAAGAGACGAAGGCAAAAGAAUUACAAAAAGAGAAAAUUCAGAAUGAAAUCAUACCUUCGAUUGAGAACCUUGUUGGGAAGAAACCAAGAAAAUCAUUGAUGUGGACUGAAAAAUAUCGAGCAAGACAUUUCAUGGAACUUUGUGGUGAUGAUCGCACACAUCGCCAGGUAUUACGAUGGCUCAAAGCAUGGGAUCCUAUUGUUUUUCCUAAAGCUGGAAAGCCUAAAGUAGCGCCGACAAAGAAAUUUGGGGAAGUAGAUGAUGAAAAGCCUCAUCGCAAGAUUUUAAUGCUUACAGGACCUCCCGGUCUGGGUAAAACUACUUUAGCGCAUGUUUGUGCAAGACAAGCUGGUUACGAAGUUAUGGAAAUUAAUGCUAGUGAUGAACGAAGUCGAGAUGUGGUUAAAGGCCGGAUUCGAACAAGUGUGGGCACGGAAAACGUCAAGACUGGUUCAACUGUUACAUCAAAAUCUGGGCAUGUGUCGAAGAAUGCCCACCCACUUUGUGUGGUUGUGGAUGAAGUCGAUGGAGUCGUAGGCGGUGCCGGUGGAUCAGGUGAAGGUGGGUUUAUCAAGGCCUUAAUAGAUCUAAUACUUCUUGAUCAAAAGAAUUCUUCCACGGUCGGCACGAAUACCAGUUAUUCGAAGAAAAAGAAAGGUGAUGAUUUUCGACUUCUAAGACCACUAAUCUUAAUCUGCAACGAUGUAUAUCAUCCAUCUUUACGACCACUACGUAAUUCGAGUUUUGCCGAAGUCAUACAUAUUCGAAAACCACCAUUAGAUGCUGUUGUUCAGCGAAUGCAAACAGUUUUUGAGAAGGAAGGCGUGUCUUGUGAUAGCGACGCCAUUCGUCAAUUAUGUGAAGCAACAUGGGGAAUAAGUCGAAUGGAUUCCAAGAAAGGGGCUGAAGGAACCGGAGAAGGCGAUCUACGUAGUAUCAUGGUAGUUGGAGAAUGGGCAGCAGGGAAACUUAAAACCGAGUCCAAAGGCCAAAGACCUCGCUUAACUCGAAAAUGGGUUGAACAAAAUAUGACCAGUGAUCUAUCUCAUGGUGGAGGUGGUUCUCGCGCCGUUGGACGAGGAGGUAUUAAAGAAGUUGUGAAUCGUGUCUUUCUCGAGGGAGCCGGCUUCCCUAGACCUACAAGUUUUAAAAACAUAAUACCAGAUGACGAGUUCAAUUCAGAGCCCAAAACACAACUUGGUGUUGCUGAGCUUGCUCGAAAGGCAGGAAUGGAACGCCUCGGAUCCAUGAUCGAGACUAGCGGCGAUACUGAUAGGAUUAUGACUGAUAUUUUCGGCGAAUAUCCUAACCAACCUUUCAACGAUGAUUCUAUUCUUUCUAAACCGGACGCUGCAUACGAGUGGUUACAUUUUCAUGAUAGUUGUUCAUCGCGCGUCUUUUCAGGUCAAGAAUGGGAAUUAGCUGGUUAUCUCACUCAACCUAUUCUCGCAUGGCAUCAUCUAUUCGCCUCCCCUGCUCGUCAUUAUUUUCGGUCCGACAACCAACCAACCAAAAAAUGGAAUAAAAACGAUGAAGAUGCUGAACCCGAAACGGAGCCCUUACCAUUCACUGGCCCUCGUGCUGAUUUCUCAGCCUACGAAAUGGAAAAAUUAAAUAGAAGUACAAUUCAAGGAUUACAAGCUCAACUUAACGCGAAACUUCUAAGGAGUUUUAGAAGUUGCGAGGAUAUCGCUAUGGAUUUAUUGCCAUAUGUAGUUAGGAUGAUAAGUCCAGAUGUGAAACCUAUCAUCGUGGGUGGGAGUGGUGAAACGAAGGGUGUAGCCAGUGUACGCAAAGAUACGGAAAAGAAAAUGGUUAAGAGAGCUGUGGAUAUCAUGAGUGAGAUUGGUGUGGUGUAUGAGAGAGGAAGAUUAGAGGGUAAUGCUUUAACCACGGGAAGAUGGGGAGCAAGUGAGUGGGUUUAUAGAAUGGAACCACCGCUUGAUACAUUGGUUACUUUCUUGACGUCACCGUCGAAAAGUGAUGCUACGAAUGUUCGGUAUGCGGUGAGACAGGUUCUAGAUCAGGAAUAUCAGAAAAAUAUUAUCGUGAGGGAGAAUGCGGCAAGACAGGCGAGGUUUAAAGCGGGAAAUUUGGAUGGAGGGGAUGAGGAAUAUUCUUUUGAAAAAUCAAAAUUUGGGAAGGGAAAAAGUGAGAAGAAAGUAUUGGGAGUGGGCACAGGGAAUGAAAUUAGGAAGGAUUUCUUUGGGAGGGUGUUGGAAGAUAGGGGGGUGGGAGGGAGGGAUGGGAAUGCCGGGGUGGGAGAUAAUACGGAAAGUACAAGAGGGAAGGGGAAGGAAGAGAAGAAGGUUUGGGUUACGUUUCAUGAGGGGUUUUCGAAUGCGGUUAGGAAACCAAUUACUAUUGCGGAGUUGAUGAGGGGGUUGUAG